GCCUGUUGUUUACCCACGGCUGAAUCGACACACUCGAAAAGUGCAACGUUUGCGUCAGGCGAAUAAACAGUCGCGGCGCUUAUCGGAUGAAUAAUCGACGCUAACGAGAGAGUCUGAUACAGGACUAAAUGAGGCGAAAAAUUAGAUGCCGCGAUUCUCGAAAACUCGACGAUGACAAACGCUGUUCAUAGCUGCUCCUCGAGAUGUCGAUAUAAAAGGACUGGGUUUGAUUUGUCAACGUACAGUUUGAUACUAGUUCGAACAGUGUGCGAAACAACGAACUUUCAAAAUGAUGUCCAAAGUGCUGUUUCUCGUCCUCGUUGGCUGCGCCAUGGUUCUUGCCAAGCCAACUGUUCUGCGCGAGGAAGUUUCCAACGAGGUCCCCAACAAAUCCGUUGAGGUUGAAGUGCCCAAGGAGUCGACCGAAGUCGAGAUCGUUGAGGUCAGCGAGGAGGAACUCCAGGAGAUCAUCAAGAACGUCGAGGAAAAGAUCAACGAGAUCUUCGAGAAGGUGAACGAGGGCUUCAACGAGGGCGACUUCAAGAAAGCCUUCGAGGAGAUGCAGAAGAUCUUCGGCCAGAAGAAACCCAACGAGAACUAAUUCACCCACGCAUGACCGCAUCUGUAUAGUGUACGAAUAGCGAAUCGAUAGUCCGAAAUAAACUAAAAUUUCUGGUUAAA